AUGCAAAAUCGAUCAUCCGUUAGUAUAGAAGAAUUUGUUACUCUAAUUGAAAAGUCAUUUACUAAUAAUGGAGAACGAUAUUUAAAUGCAGCAAUAGAAAAUUUAAGAAAAGGAAAAUUAGAGAAUAUUGAAUAUAUAAGUGCAUCAUUACAAUAUAUUCCUGAGGACUGGAUUGAAAAAAAUAUUGACAAAUUAAUUAAUACUUUUAAAGCACUUCCAGAAACUACAGUAGAUCCAUUUAUUGCAUUGUUAGGAAGGAUGAUCCCAUCUCCUCAUUUAAGAAGUGAAGGACAAAAUAUUAUUAAGACAAUUAUUGUUCCUAGGGUUGUUAAGUCAUGUUCUCAUGAAACCCUCAUGAAAAUUGCAGCCGCUAUUGAUUUAGAAUUAAUUAAUGGAAGUGCAAUUUCACGAAUUGCUGAUGUUAGUUGGAAGAGUAGUGUUGAAGAUGGUGUUUUAAUAAACUCUAAAAUAAAAGGAGAUUUAUGGAGUAAAAUUGAAGAACAUCAAUUUUCAAAUGAAAAUGAAAAGCAUCAGGCUUUGUUGUGUUGUUUCAAAUAUGGAAAUGUUGAAUUUGAUAAAGUACUUAAUUAUAUUAAAAAAAUUGGAGGAGUUAGAGAGAAUGGUGUUAAUGGAUUAGACUUAAAUGAAAGAAUUCAAUAUUAUGAAAAAAUUAAUCAAACUCACCAAUUAUUACAACAAUUAAUUCUUUCUUUUAAAUUAGGAUUGGCACCUAUUUCUAAUCAAUUAUUACAUAUUUUACUUCAACAUUGUGCUCUUAUUAAUCAAUUACCACCAGUAACUAUUUCAUUAUUAUUUACUACUAUCAUUGUGUUAAUGGAUAAUAUUAAAGGAAUAUUAAUGACUCGUAUUUCAUUACUUCUUCCUUUAUUACUUGAAUUUAUAAAACAAAAUAAAUUAAAUGAAAGAUAUCAUUCAAUUAUUAUUCAAGCAAAAUCAAUUGUUCAAACCCUAUCUUUAGAGUCAAAACCUUUCUUAAAUAAACAAGACAGUGAAAUAAUGGCAGAACUACAACAGUUAUUAAUUUGA